AUGUCCGGAGGCAAAGGUAAAGCAGGUUCUACUGAGAAGGCAUCCACUUCUAGAUCGGCCAAGGCCGGUUUGACCUUCCCAGUCGGAAGAGUCCACAGAUUGUUGAGAAAGGGUAACUACGCCCAAAGAGUCGGUUCCGGUGCUCCAGUCUACUUGACCUCCGUUUUGGAGUACUUGGCUGCUGAGAUCUUGGAGUUGGCCGGUAACGCUGCCAGAGACAACAAGAAGUCCAGAAUUAUCCCAAGACACUUGCAAUUGGCCAUCAGAAACGAUGAGGAGUUGAACAAGUUGUUGGGUCACGUCACCAUUGCUCAAGGUGGUGUUUUGCCAAACAUUCACCAAUCCUUGUUGCCAGCCAAGAAGGCCACCACCAAGGCUUCUCAGGAGUUGUAA